AUGCUUCAGACAAAUAUUUUUGCAGUUUUGAUAGCACUUGCACCCAGCGCUGUUCUCGCGUCCCCAGACGCCAAUGAUGUCCCUCCAAUUGUCGGCAGCGUUGUCUCAUCAGCCCUAAGUCUUGCCAGUUCGUACGCAUCCGAAUACAGUACGAUUCCACCGGAUGCCCAAUCUGCAGUCUCGUCGGCCCUAUCGCUUGCAUCAUCUUACGAGAGCUACGGAAACAGCGUCGCCAGUAGUGCGCAAAGCUUGGCGAGCUCUUAUGCUAGCGAAUAUGGUGGUGAUGGCAGCGACUCGACGACGACGACGACGGCAUCGGUAACUUCGAGCACUGGCACUGGCACCAGCUCAGGAGCAAAGACUGUCACCAAAACGAACGAUUCGACGGGGGCAACAGCGACGCAAGCCUCAUCUACCGGCAGCGCAUCUUACAACAGGGCACCAUUCACACCUAUUGGUGGGGGAUUGAUGGCCGCCAUGGGCAUUUUGGCGGGCUCUAUUGGUGUUCUAGCGGUUGUUCUCUAA